UUCAGUUUCAGGCGGUUCACAGUCGCCGAGUCCAGCAAAACGCUGUUUUUAAUUUUCGUAAUUUGUAUUUAGCUGCCUGAAUUAUUUAGCAAACUGUCGUGUGGGACACAAGCUUAAAUUCGCGUGUGAAAAUUUCUCCAUCGUACAGUGUUUUUUUCCAUGGUCUAUUGGCAUCUGUUGAGUUUUCAAGUGCACCUGUUCUUUAAAUUUUCGGUGGCUUAUUAAAUUGAGAAAAUCAAAAUCCAAAAUGGGUAAUUCCAGCUCAAUUUGCACCGAUCGCAAUGCCAUAAGGAAUUACGAUGAAAAUGGCACGCCGGUAUACCCUACUGCCAACAAUUCCCAGAGUCCUUCGAAUGGCCAAAUAACACCAUACCACCACCUCCACCACCAACAUGCACAUAGCCAGGAGAAGGAGAGCGGCGGCUACUACAAGACCACAAUUCCCGUCGGCAGCUCUCAGAGCGGCAGCGAUGCCACAGCCGGAGAGAGCAACAGUUGCGCUCAGUGCCAAACAGCUGAUGUGUCGCGCUCCUCUCCCACGAACAACAAUCACGCACACACCCAUAGCUGCUGUUGUACUAGUAGUCGUGUGUGCUCCAAUCAUACGACUACAACCACAACGACACUCGAAUACGAACUUUCCAAUUUCGCAAAACUAACGACACGAAUCACAACGAAAAGCGCCGCCGAAGGGGCAGCAUUAACGGAGCAGCGUGACAUAGCCACCGAUAUAGUCAGCACACCCGACUUGCCACAGGCAGCAGGACUACCGUUAUCCUCGCGACAUCACUGGAAUCAGCUGCAGCGCAGUUUGCACUCUCUCCACCAAGAACAACAACGUGCUUACAGCUCCUCUUCCUGCUCCGACAACAACAAAAAUAAUAAUAAUAACGUAGCCGACAUGAGUGCGAACAAGCAGGUGAAUUUGGAAAAAUACGCGCCACGCGAUCGCCUGGGAGUCUGGGGCACUGGCGACAACGAAGUCGUUGGCAGCAUCUCUGGAUUCGAUCGCCUCUUCGACAAGCGAUACUCAAAGGGUCUGGCCUUCUCCCACGAGGAACGUCAACAGCUGGGCAUCCAUGGCCUGCUGCCAUACGUGGUUCGCGAUGAGAGCGACCAGGUGGCCCACUGUCGCACCCUGCUGGAUCGUCUGGAUCAAAGUCUGGACAAGUACAUGUACCUGAUCGGUUUGUCCGAGCGCAAUGAGCGGCUGUUCUAUAAGGUUUUGGCCUCCGAUAUCGGUCACAUGAUGCCUCUGGUGUACACGCCCACCGUGGGAUUGGCCUGCCAGCGCUAUAGCCUGAUCUAUAUGAACCAGAAGGGCAUGUUCAUCUCGAUCAAGGACAAGGGACACAUCUACGAUGUGCUGAAGAACUGGCCGGAAUCGGAUGUUCGUGCAAUUGUGGUGACGGACGGUGAACGGAUUUUGGGACUGGGAGAUCUGGGUGCCAAUGGCAUGGGCAUUCCCGUCGGCAAAUUGUCGCUGUACACAGCUCUGGCCGGCAUUAAGCCGUCGCAGUGCCUGCCCAUUACUCUGGACGUUGGCACCAAUACCGAAUCCAUUCUGGCGGAUCCCCUGUAUAUCGGAUUGCGCGAGAAGCGUACCACUGGUCAAGUCUAUGACGAAUUCAUCGAUGAAUUUAUGCACGCCUGCGUCCGUCGCUUUGGCCAGAACUGUCUGAUCCAGUUCGAGGACUUUGCCAAUGCCAACGCAUUCCGCCUGCUGGCCAAGUACCGGGAAUCGUUCUGCACCUUCAACGACGACAUCCAGGGAACCGCUUCGGUGGCCGUGGCUGGUCUGUUGGCCUCGCUGAAGAUCAAGAAGACCCAGCUGAGGGACAAUGUCCUGCUGUUCCUGGGCGCCGGAGAGGCUGCUCUGGGUAUUGCCAAUCUCUGCUUGAUGGCCAUGAGGCUCGAGGGUCUUACCGAUGAGGAGGCCAAGGCACGCAUCUGGAUGGUGGACAGCCGUGGUUUGAUCAUCCGCGACCGCCCAAAGGGAGGACUCACCGAGCACAAGCUUCACUUCGCCCAGGUCCACGAGCCGAUCGAUACUCUGUCGGAGGCGGUGCGCAAGGUGCGUCCCAAUGUGCUGAUUGGUGCUGCUGCUCAAGGUGGUGCCUUCACCCAGGAGAUUCUCGAGCUGAUGGCCGAGAUCAACCAGACGCCGAUCAUCUUUGCGCUGUCCAACCCGACCAUCAAGGCCGAGUGCACCGCCGAGGAGGCGUACACCCACACCAAGGGUCGUUGCAUCUUCGCCAGCGGUUCGCCCUUCGAACCCGUGACGUACAACGGACAGAAGUUCUAUCCGGGUCAGGGUAAUAACUCAUAUAUUUUCCCUGGAGUGGCAUUGGGAGUCCUAUGCGCCGGCAUGCUGACGAUUCCCGAGCAGGUCUUCCUGGUGGCCGCAGAACGCUUGGCGGAGCUGGUCUCCAAGGAGGACUUGAAUAAGGGUAGCCUGUAUCCACCCCUUGCCAAUAUUGUCAAAUGCUCAGUGGCGAUUGCCGAGGCGAUUGUGGACUAUGCGUAUAAGAACGGUUUGGCCACCAUCCGUCCUGAGCCGGCCAACAAGCUGUCCUUCAUUAAGGCCCAGAUGUACGAUAUUGACUAUCCGCGUUCUGUGCCCGCCACCUAUAAGAUGUAGAAUGGAAAUGCAUUCCGCCUGCCCCCCAAAAAAAACCUAAUGGAGUGGCCUCCGCAGAUAUUCGGCACUGGCAGCGAGCAGUAACCAUGUUAUUUAUUUUAUAAUGUCGCACAUCUGUAGUCUAGCGUAUAGUUAGCAGCGCGCCUAACCUAUCCCACUUAACCACUAUCCACCAACCACUAGCCCCUGUUCGCAGUCGCAGUCCAAGAGAUCAUUAAUGAGAGGGAUGUGAUGAGGGAUGAGAAUGUCACCAGCUGCAGCGAACCCUUCUUUUUUAUGAUGUUGACUCUAUGUAAAUGGGAUAUUGAUCUAAUAGAUAUGUAAACAAAUUCUAUGUAAUCUUGAACAACACAAACUACUCUAAGUAAUAAAAAUAUAAAAAAUA